AUGCGAAAUUUGAAAGCCGAAGAGGAAGCGCUAGCCGAGACGAUAUCUGAAAUUAUGGAUUUGUUGAAAAAGACGACUAAGGAUGAGCAAUGCGAUGAAAUCAUGUGCAAUGAGCACGAUCUCUCGAAUGCGAAUACGAUGGCGGGUCUUCAGCGAAUCUCCUCAAGUCCCAAAAUCACGACAAAUGGGUCCGAACGAAGUGAAAAUUGUGGAGAGCUGUGUGUAGUUUGUGGUGAUAAGGCGUCUGGAAGACACUACGGUGCCGUCUCGUGCGAGGGAUGCAAAGGAUUCUUUAAACGAUCGAUCCGCAAGAGGAUUGGCUAUGUUUGCCGGAGCUCCAAAGACUGCCCAGUCACAAAAUUCCACCGUAAUCGAUGCCAAUACUGUAGACUACGAAAAUGUUUGUUAAUGGGAAUGAGAAGUGAAUCUGUGCAAGCCGAACGUCGUCCAGUGGUCGCCAACAACAACCAACAAGAUAGUCCGCCACAGAACCAAAACACCACCCCACGGGCGAUGACUCCACUGAACGCCGGCCUAGUUGGUGGCCUAUUGGCCUUGGCAAAAAUGGAACAAGAGAAUAAGAUGAUUGAUUCAACACAACAACAACACACAAUGAUAAAGCCCGGAAGUCCGAUGAGCAAUGGAAAUUGUACGCCUCCAGAGUUUAUGGACAUCAAGAGAGAGUCGAUUGGAGAGGACGAGUCGGGUCUCGACGCGAUGACCGUAAUCGGGCUGGUGCCACCGUCUGCGUCUCCAACGUCUUCUGGAGUAGGGUCUUCUUCGUCGAUUUCCGAUGAUUCCGGACCGAUUUAUAAUAUGGAAAGGAGCAGAUUCGAUAUCUCACCUCCGGUGUCUUGGAAUCCACAGAAUGCGAACCAACAGUGUAUUUCGGAGAUCACCACACGGUUAUUGUUCCUAUCAGUUCAUUUUGUCAAGGAUUCAAGGGUCACUAUACGAAACAUCACAUCGGAACAACUGCUCAAAUCGAAAUGGUGUGACUUGUACAUCAUUGCUCUGAUGCAAACAGCCGACAAAAUAAAUUUGCCUCAACUUCUGGAGACUCUGACACAACAACUGGCUCUGGGACUAGAAUGCGGUCAAUUUUCCCCCGAGAAAUUCGAGAAGUUCCGAGAGCAAAUGAAUCGGAUAAUGCAAUUAUCCCAUUUGUUUGCUGCAAGAGAUAUGAGCUCAGUGGAGUACGCUUAUCUUAAAAUGAUCUCGUUUACAACACAAGACAUUCCAAAUCUGCUCACAACGUCCGAAACGCAAAGUACGAACCAAUUGGCAUCGCAGGAGCUGUUCGAGUACGUGUCCUCAUCGAAAAGCUCACUUCUCCAUCAUCAAAUGUCAAAUGAGCACAUAAAUGUCGACGAUUCAACGUCUGAAGACAACGACACGCACGUUACGUCCCAACAGACGAAUAUGAAUCUUGCCGCCGAGAGGUAA